AUGCACUUCGAACUUGACCAAAACCCGUUCCUUGCUAAGCAACUCCUGAGGAAAUUCGAACUCGAGGAAGCCGCCAAUGCUACUGUCAGUACUCUGUCCAUCGAUGGUCUUGACAACAACAUCGACCAUGUGCCUGUUCCCAACAACCAUGAUACACCCUCCUAUCCCACCGCCAUCGCUACCAUUGCUUCCAACUCCAACGCCGGUGUGACUCCUUUUCUUGCAUCUGCUAUCGCCACUGUUGGGAAAGGUCGAACAGGUCGUCUCAAGCAACAAAACGACAGUUUGAAAGAGAUUAUAUAUACCAUCAUCAAGGACACCAGCAACGACGGUCUACCCAAUUCGAUUCACCUUAUUCGCAACCGCCUGGAGCAGGAUUUCAACUUCAAGGUGUCCGUGCGUACCAUCAACCGCACCUUACACGAUCUUGGCUGCUACUGGGGAACAGGAACACGUCGACACCUCAAUCACGACUCGAAAGCGAAUGUCAAGUACCGCCACGAGUACCUCAGACGUCGCCUUGCCAACUUAUCAUCACGGUUCACAAGAGAUUAUCAAGGUCAAGAGUUGAUCCUCCGGUAUCCUGAGGUUUUCCUCGACGAAUCCUACUGCCAUCUCGACCAUACAAACCCAUGCCGCUGGGUCAUACCUGGAGUUCUUGUGACGCAGCCAGGACACUGCUCUAUCUUGGUCAUAUUCGCCGCGUUUGUCGUUUGGUUCGACGGGAGGAAGGUCAGGUCCAAGCUCGUCGAUGGAUUUGUUUACAUCUGGCCAUCAAAAGGGCAAGCACACACUAGAGGACCGGGAACAGGAAGGAGGGCUUAA